UCGAGACAUUGAUUCAAGAAAGUGUUUCUUGAACAAGUUUAUUGAUAAAUAAUAAGAUUUACUUUUUGAAGAUGAGUUAUCCACCGCCCUACGGACCGCCAUACGGUCAACCAGGAUGGCAGCCGCCUCCCAAUCCCUAUCCAUAUCCCCCUCCAGAUUACGGGCAAGUCACUCAACCACAACCUCCUAUGCCGAUCUACAUUCCUGGUACAGUGAUGGUACCGGUUCCUGUGGUGCCACCACAGAUGCCCCAAAUGCCACAACCAGAGCCGAGCCAACCCUCAUACGUCACUAACUACAUCUACCAUGGACAAACGUCAGGGGCAGAACAGGUCCAGAUAUCAGAAUCCGCCGGAGAUUUCGACUGGGUGCCAUCGACUUCAACUACUGCAAGUCAUCUAACCGGCAGAGCGGUAGUGGGAGGCAGGGAAGGUUGGGAUGGAAGCCCUUUAUGGGUGAUAAGAUCUUGGCAUAACGGUGAUUUGAUACCUGGGAAACUCUCAGUGAGACACAAUUCUGCAUCAGUGAUGUUUAAUGGCAAGGAGAUUCCGGUCCAAAAUAUUGAGGUACUUUGUGCCCGGCCAGAUAAAUUGAGAUGGGUGCCUUCUUCGAAUGGAAAUGUUCCACCUGGAGCUAUAAUCGGAGGAAAGACAUCGACUGGAGAAACUCUGUACGUCGGCAGAGCAAGACACCAGCUGUCUAUUACACCUGGCAAAGUACAUCCGACACACAAAACCUGUUAUAUUGGAUUUGGGGGCGCUGAAGUUGCUUAUAACAUAUAUGAUGUACUUUGCAGGCUUUGAAAUUGAGUAUAGUAAUGAUAUUAUUAUAAGUAUGAAAAUUAAUUUUUGUUUGCGAGACUUUAUGAAGAAUUUACUGUUCAAUGUUAUUAUAUAGUGUGUAAAAUGAUUAUUUAAUUUUAUAGUGUUAUAUGUAAUAAAUAUAUAUACUUUAUGUUGUUCAAUA